AAGACACGUUGAGAAGAACAACCCUUAUAUCUCAAACCUUUCGUGAGGCUAAAGCUAACGUAAAUAUCAAUGGGUUCAUUAUACCAAAAGGAUGGAGCAUACCAAUAUGGCAUAGAGUUGUUCAUAUGGAUCCUCAAAUAUAUAAACAUCCACAAAAAUUUGAUCCUUCGCGAUGGGAAAAUUAUAUACCAAAAGCAGGAGCAUUCACUCCCUUUGGAAUGGGAAAACUAUAUUGUCCUGGAAAUGAACUUUUGAAGAUUGAAACUGCCAUUUUACUUCACCAUUUUCUUCUUCAUUACAAGAUGGAACGGGUAAAUCCAAAUUGUAAACUCACUCAUAUCCCGACUUCGAAGCCUAUAAACAACUGCCUUUGCAAAAUUGCGAGGCUCCCAUAGCUCAUGCCCACGAAGAAACAUGGUUGUAUUGUGUGGU